GUGUUCUGCCUCGCCUCCUCUCGCGGAUCCGGCGAUCCGCGACCGCUCAUGCUGUGGCGACCGCUCGGCGACGUCUCCGCGGAGACGGAGCUGCGAUGGAGCGGGGGCUCCUUACGCGGAUCUUGUAUCCAGCGCCGCAGGCGACCUACACGGCGGAGAGCUUCAAAGGUGAACUCAUUUGGAUCCCAAAGAAGAGCUCGUUAGAUGGAGACGCGCCCUUAUUGGGCGUGGAUUGCGUGCCGUGCCUUUUGUUGAAGUAUCCCUACAGCCGAUUCUUGGUGCUCUUCUUCCACAGUAACGCUGAGGAUCUUGGUAGGUGCUAUUCCUUUUGUGUGGCGAUGCGGGACCGCUUUCAGGUGCACGUGUUGGCUGUGGAGUAUCCCGGCUAUGGGAUCUGUCCGGGUGUGGCCACUGGGCCGUCGGUCAUGGAGAACGCCUUCUCAGCGCUGCACUUUGCGACGCAGAGCCUGCGCUGGCCACUGGAUAGCAUUUUCAUCUUUGGGCGCUCGAUCGGCACGGGCCCCGCGGUGAAACUCACGUCGCUCUUCCGCUUCGCUGGGGCCAUCCUGGUGACGCCCUUCCUGUCGAUCGGCGAACUGUUUCGGGACCGCGUGGGGCCCUUGGCUCAGCUGGUGGAGGAGUGGUACCCCAACCUGGAGCUCAGCAAGAAGAUCCGCUGCCCGGUCUUGAUGAUUCACGGGCGCCGGGAUGACAUGAUCAACUUCCGACACGCGGAACAGCUGCAUGAGGCGAUCCCUACGCGAAAGCUUCUGGUGAGUCCUCCAGCCAUGCUCCACAACACAAACCUCAUGAAUGACAUGAACUACCUGGUCAUGCCUGCGACACACUUCUUCUCCUUACCAGACUAUGUCUUCCACGACAUGAGGGUGCCGCACUGGGCCUACACCCUGCGGCCCAGUCCGAAGGCGCCCAAGUCUUUGACGCCGAACAGGUCCAUCGCGCCCGGAAAACUGGAGUCCUUCGACAUGUGUUGUGGAACAGGCCCAGGGGUUCGGCUCGUGGACUGCUGCAGCCGUGCCAUGGUGGACUUGCAUGAGGCCAUGGACACCACACAGGUGGGUUUGGACGUCACGAGCCUCUCACAACAAGGCGAGCUGUGGGAAGACCCAGCGCAACCCAUUGCGGUGUCCAUGCCAGCACUGGUGGGGCCAAAAGAAGCUCAGCACCAGGACUUCCAAGAGGAGGUGGUCACACACAAGACCAUCAUCAUUCUGAAGGAGGACGUCCAAACACGGGAUUACCAUUCCGCGUGCAAACAGGAGGACGUGGCCCUUCAGAUUGCGCCUCGCGUUCGCUUCUUCUCGCGUUCGCCGCGCCACUUCGACGAGGGGCCUGGCAUCGGCUCGGGUUCCUCAGAGCCGAGCCGAGAUGGAGCGUCCAAGAAGGAGGCUGCAGUCAAGCUGGUGAUGCAGGAGACCAAGGUGAGCCCCAGCGGAUCUGCAGACUCGAUGUUGCAGGAGCUGAUGGAUGGGGUGCGCCAGAGGCGCGCGAUGCUGGGGGGGUCCGCACAGGAGCGAGCGCAGAUGGGGGAUGUUGGCUUCCGUCAGCCAGUUUGGGAGGACACUGAUGCCAUCAAGAAGCUGAAGCAGGAUGAGAUUGAGUUGACUCGGAAGAUCUUCGCGCGCGUGGACCCCCGCAGCGAUGCGGUCUCCAACCUGCAGGGGGCGGCAGCGCGGCAUAACAUUGAUCCCUACUGGAGCCCCUUCCAUCAAGUGGAAGACCUGAAAGUACAGGUCACCGCGGAGUUCGAUGAAUACCAGCGCAUCGUCGGGGCGGCCGAAGCCAAGCGGACGCGGAUCCAGAUUAAGCGGAGCCUUGCAAGGAUGUCUCGAGGAGUCUAUAAUCCCUACAGCUCCUCCUUCCGGAUCCACCAGCGGCAAGAGGUACCUGAUCAACCCCCGAAGCCCUUUCGGCUUCCGGACAAGUUCUGGGAACCGAGCCCAUUGCAGGUGCAGCUGGCGAACGAACGGAUCACCUUUCGGGACCUGGACAUCAUCCAACACUUCUUGGCCGACAACGGGUACAUCCUGCCUCGGCGGACCACCAUGCUGUCCCGCCGAAAGCAGAAGGAGUUGGUGAAGGCGGUCAUCUCGGCGCAGCACAUGUGCUUGCUGCCUUUCCGGAUGAAGCCGAAGGACUACCAGGUGAUGCCUUUGAUGGAUCCCUUGCAGUGGAUGGCCGACCGCCUCACCGACCGCGUGCGGGAGGACAAAGACCGGCGCAGUGCAGCCAUGCUGCAGGUGAUGAUGGAGCGAUAUCCGGAGCUGAACUAUCGGAACUUCUUAAAGCACGAGGCGGCCCGCAAAGAGGGCGAGCCUGACAUGCCCUGA